GGUAAAUGAUCCAAUAAUUCCCGGGUUUGUACAGAUACAAAAACUCUAGGGUUUUAAGAGGGUUUACCGACGCCACCGCUCCGUGCCAAUUCUCCGCCGCCGUCUCCGACCUUGCUUUAUUUCUUCAAUUCUGCAAGAAGCCAUGGGAAAGAAGGAAAAAUCAUCGAAAAGGAAAAACCGAGAGACCGGAGUCGGCAGUGAGGUUUUGUUGCAGAAGAGUAUUGGAGAUAAAGAUGGAUUGGAUGCCAUCGAUGACUUGAAUGAACCAACCAUGGGUGAAAAACUUGCAAGCCUCAAAUUGGAAGGAAAGGAUGAUGUCCCAAACCCUGAAAAUGCAGACUCUUCUCUUGUGGUAAAGCCACCUAGUGCAGACUCGGUUAAUAUUUUAGUUAAGCAAGCACUGCAUGCUGAUGACCGAGCCCUUCUCAUAGAUUGCUUAUACAGACAGGAUGAGAAGGUCAUUGCAAACUCACUAUCGAUGUUGAAUCCUUCUGAUGUCCUCAAGUUCUUAAAGUCUCUUGUGCCGAUAAUCCAAUUAAGGGGUGCCGUUCUGGCCUGUGCUCUUCCAUGGCUCAGAAGUUUACUUCUCCAGCAUUCUAGCAGCAUAAUGUCCCAAGAGUCUUCCUUGGCUGCUCUAAACACUUUAUAUCAGAUAAUAGAAUCAAGAGUCUCAACCUUCAACCCUGCUCUUCAACUAUCAAGUUGUUUGGACUUGCUUUAUGCAGAGUCUGUUUACGAUGAAGUGGAGGAGAAUGAUGUAAUUGCACCUGUUAUAUAUGAAGAUGAGGAUGAUAGUGAUGAGGAUGAAAGUGAUGCAGAUUCUUCUAUGGAAGUUGACACUGUGGAAGAUGGUGAAGAACCUAUACUCUACAGUGACAUCAGUGAUGCAGAAGAGGAUGGAAGUGACUAAACUGAUCAUCAAAUUCUUUGCUGCCUGACAUCAAGAGAUUUUCCAAAAGCUCGAGCGAUCGUCUUGCCCAUCAUUGUUGAAACAUGCUCCCUCUGUUUUGGAAUAACACUUGCCUUUGUUCCCUUUGGUGGUGCAUAGUUGCUGCUGCUGGCGCUCUCGUUGUUGUUGGAACCCAUUGCUUGCUACCUUUCGACGAUGUGUGUGUGUGUGUCUGUGUUUGAGUUAGUUGUGUAUGUAUGUAAGUUAGAUCUCUGUAUUUGCUUUGAUAAAUAGAAGGAUGGUGGUGCUUUUAUAGUACUUAUGCUUGUUAGACUUUCUCAACUUCAUAAAAAUGUGGAGGACAACAGCCAGUGUGUUUAUUUGUGUGUGUUUAUGUGAAGAGAGACACAGUGAGAGUGUUUGUGAGUGUGUGAAGAUGAAAUAGGCACACGUCAAUGGUGAUUUAAGAAUAUGUAAGAAGUGAAAUUGUAAACACCAACAUUUGACGUGUGGAAUUUUGUGGCAUUUAACAUAUAUCACUAAGAAUGAUUUUA